AGCAAAUAACCGGAAAGAGUCACGUGCUCGUUCUAUGGCUUCCCGUAGUUCCCGUCCCAAUCCGUACCUCUUGUGGAAAUAUGUAUGGAGGUGGGGGGCUUACAUAGGUACACUAGUACCCUCCCCCCUUCCCCCCGCAACAACACCAUUCGCCAUCCUUAGGCAAGUCUCAACCGCCUAACCUUUUUACGUGCCCUUCUCAUGUACCAUCGACGUCACAUAACCACCAUAUCAUAAUGCGCGUUUAUUAAGAUAAAAAUAAAGAUAAAUCCAAGUUAUACUAGGAAAUAUGUUUCAGCCAAAUCCAGAAGAUCGUCUUCAUCUUCGAAUGCACCGCGCCCGUUCGGUCAUUCUCACAACCCAAGAGCUGGUAGAGAUCCGAGCUGCUCAGAGGACCUUUGAAGGGGCUUAUAUGCGGACCGCUCUCUCGCAGUUCAGCUUUGCUCUAAUCAUACUCAAGAUCUUCACCUCGGAAUUUUACGCCAUAGGCGCUCUCUUCGCCGUUUAUGGUGCGGCAGUCUUACUAUGCUCCGUAUAUCGUCGGUACCAGGGUAACACGCAGUUUUUUACCUUGACCGCUAACGAUGGCGAGGUGAAAAACAAGUUCCGCACCAGCGGUAAUAGCGUCCUGCUCCUUACCUUUCUAAGUAUCGGGGCUUAUGUUGGUCUAAUGGUUCUAACUUGGCAACUGGAAGGGUGAAGAAUGAUGACUAGAAACCUACAAAGUCUCAAAGCUCGAAACGGAACCCUGCAUCAUCUGCUGGCUAUCAUUUCCAAUACGUUUCCAGGAUUAGUAACGCCUCUUAAAGUAGAUAGUCGCCGGUCUUUGGUCUUUUCGGUGGGAGUAUGCUAGACCGAGGUGUUGUACAAUGGUGUAGGUAACGUCAGCUUACGCAACUAUUAUGGUAGAGCACACGGCAUAUAAAAUAAUGGAGCAUCCAGACGGGAUAUUUAUUGUGCAUCUAAGACAUCAUAGGCACGAUGACGCCGAAGAGAGCUCGCGCUGUAUUGCUGUGUAACGAGUAACGAGUAAUCUCGCCAAACUCCCAGACAUAUCCAGGUUGUGUUACUGGUUAUGGCCUUUACAUCCCGGGCCAAUGCCAGUUGUGUGGUAAUAAAUGUAUAUACAGUCGGAUAAUAAUCUUUUGCGAUGUUUGUAGGCGAA